AGCCUUAACGGCUUAAACCAACCCGGAACUUUUUUUGAUAAACUCAGUCUCGCUGUGAAGUCGAACUGAGACAUUUUAGCAAUGUUUUAAGAACCUGACUUUUUGGUGAACUUGCUUCUGCCGGCGGACAAGGUCGAUGCUCGAGACUCCCACUGCAGCGGCUCCUGCGGGACAGUAGCCCCCGACUCGACUUUUCCACCCAGUUAGAGAGAGGGAAGGUAAAGGGACGCCAAAAUGCCUCAGCAGAAGGACAUCGUGAAGAUUGCCAUCCAGAUGCCUGGAGCCUACCCCCAACUAAUACAGCUGGACCAGAAAAAGCCUCUGUCUGCUGUGAUUAAAGAAGUCUGCGACGGCUGGAAUCUUGCGGGGCCUGACAACUACGCGCUUCAGUACGCUGAUGGAGUUCAGACCUACAUCACUGAAUCGAAUCGUCUGGACAUUAAAAACGGCUGCAUACUGCGACUGACCAAGGCCCCGGGCAGAUAUGCUGAGGACCUGUAUAAGGGUAUCGAGAGCAUGGGUUUGGGUGUCCGCUGUGAGUCGCUCAAACAACUGGUGAGUGUUUCCACUGACGUCACCUUUGCUCAAGAGUUCAUUAGCCGAGACGGACACCUGCUGUUGGUCAAGAUUGUGGAGGACUCUAAAGAGAGCACGGCGAUCAUGACACACACGCUGACGGCCUUCAUGGAGCUGAUGGCUCAUGGGAUCGUCUCAUGGGAGAAUCUCUCGUCGGUCUUCAUAGAAAAGAUCGCCGACUUUGUCAACGGCAAGUCGGCAGAUGCCCCCAUUCAGCAGGUGUGCCUGGACAUCCUGGAGAACAUGGUCCUGAGCAGCCACAGCCUCUUUCUGCUGGUCAAACAGAAAAUCACCAUGGAAAAACUCAUAGCUCACCUACAGAUGACCAACCAACAGAUCCAGACCAAAGCCAUGGCUCUGCUUAUGGCUCUGCUGCAGACGGCUGGGGUUACAGACAGACAGGAGAUGUUUGUGUAUCUGAACAAGAAGAAUCUCCGGCAGUACAUCUACAAAAACAUCAUCCUCAGUUCUGGCUCGGUCCAGGACGAGAUGGCCCACUAUCUCUACGUGCUUCAGUCGGUUUUCCUAAACCACCUGGAGCCACGGAUGAAGACGCCGCUGGACUGUUACAGCCCGGAGCAGCGAGACAUUCUUCACAAUUUGCGCCAGACAGCGUUUGAGACAGAGACAGAAAACAGCCUGAGUCACGAGAGAAGACGAUCGCUCUGCGCCAAAGAGUUCAGGAAGCUGGGCUUCUCUAACAACAGUAACCCCGGCCAGGACUUGGUGAGAACCCCACCUGGACUUCUAGCUUUGGACACCAUGAAUUAUUUUGCAAUACGGUACCCAGACGCCUACAGCAGGUUUGUGUUGGAGAACAGCAGUAGGGAAGACAAACACGAAUGUCCUUUUGCAAGAAGCAGCAUCCAGCUCACGCUCAUCCUGUGUGAGAUCCUUCGGAUCGGAGAGACACCGUCUGAGACCGGCUUCGACUACCACCCCGUCUUCUUCAGUCAGGAUCGCUUACUGGAAGAACUAUUCUGUGUUUGCAUUCAGCUGCUCAACAAGACCUGGAAAGAGAUGAGAGCCACACAGGAAGACUUUGACAAGGUGAUGCAGGUGGUGAGGGAGCAGAUCACCAGGACUCUGAGCAGCAAGCCCACGUCCCUGGAGCUCUUCAAGAACAAGGUCAACGCUCUGAACUACAGCGAGAUCCUCAAGCUGCGUCAGACGGAGCGACUGCACCAAGAGGAGACUCUUGCACCUCCAGUGCUGGAGCUGAAAGAGCGGUUGAAGCCGGAGCUGUUGGAGCUGAUCCGCCAGCAGAGGCUGAACCGACUCUGUCAGGGAACCAUGUUCAGGAAGAUCAGUAGCCGACGUAGACAAGACAAGCUGUGGUACUGUCGCCUGUCCCCCAAUCACAAGAUGCUUCACUACGGUGACGUGGAAGAAGAUUCUGAAACUCCAGCGAUCGAAUCCCUUCAGGAGAAGAUUCCAGUGGCAGACAUCAAAGGGCUCCUGACAGGGAAGGACUGUCCACACAUGAAGGACAACAAGGGGAAGCAGAAUAAGGAAGUGCUGGACCUGGCCUUCAGCAUCACCUAUGACGUGGAGGAGUGCAGCCUGAACUUCAUCGCCCCCUCCAGGACUGAUUUCUGCCUGUGGACUGACGGGCUGAGCGUCCUGCUGGGCCGGGACAUGAGCAGCGAGUCCAUGCGCAGCGAGCUGGAGAUCCUCCUCUCCAUGGAAAUAAAACUCCGCCUUCUGGACCUGGCCAACAUUCCCAUCCCAGACAGCGCUCCGGUCGUUCCCAAACCACCCAGUAAUUACAACUUCUGCUACGACUUCAGCCAGACGGAGCAGUAGAGCGUGUGAGGGGUGGCCUCCAGGGGGCGUGGAGAGCUGCUUCUCCAACUUCAGGGACACCGAGUCCAGUCCCCUCGUUUCAGAGGCUGAACUGCAGGAUUGUGCACGUCCCGUCAAACAUUGUCCAGCCUGGAACAUGACUAAUAAAUGGCCCACGUUCUUACCACUCCUACUACAAGCCCCAUAAUGCACUGCAACAGACAAAGCUCUAGGGAGAAAUAGGGGCUAGAACAAAGUCAGUUUGAGAAUAUCAUGUAUUGAUUUGACCCAUGUGACCCCUCUGAUCUCAUGCACAGUCCAUCCAAGCCACUGUUCCAGACUCCCUGAGCUCCAGAGAGUGAACUGACAAAGCAGGGAGCAGGUGAUAGAUUCAAGACUUUCCUGGGUCACUGUCAUGUGAGUCGGCUGCUUGUCCACCGCUGUUGUCGCCUCUGUCCUCUGGCUCACCAUCCUGCUGGUCGCAGCUGCUCACUGUUGUACUGACACGGACGCUAUCGUUGAAUUUCAGCAGCACACUUGAAGACAGGUACAGUUCAAACGUGGUCCUGCUAAUAUAUGCUGAUAUUUAAGGUUUUCUUACGCAGGAAGUUGAUAUUUCAUCACGACCCGGUACCAAUCUGUGUCUGAAGAUGGACUCUUCAUGAUGUUAGAAGCAACUCCUCGGGUUCCAGUGCAUCAGAAUAAUGAUAAUAAUAAUAUUAGAUGUUCGUGUUUCGUCAUCAUGACUGUUUUUACCAGAUGCACUGUGAUGUCUCUGCUUUGGCAUGAAUAAAGAUUCGUACCGAAGA